CUGUCGUGAUCGAGGCUAUAUACUUAAUAUAUGACUCUAUCUACACUUCUUAAAUCUUCCAUUUGAUAAUCCUAAAUAUAAUUCUUAUUGAUACUGUUAUAUUAAAUACUGAUCAUUUACUUUAUGUACAGGCUUGAUCUCAUAUCAUCCUUCAUACAAGUAUAAGACAUACAUUUAAAUAAUAACAUUGAUAUGAACACAUAUGAAGGUUACAUCAGCCACAUUGAGGUGCCACAGCUAUCUGAAUUAAGAACUACAUUUUCCCCUGAAUAUUGUGCUACAAGACAUACACAGUUUAAGAAUGAAUUUUUUCUCCCUUUUUUUUCACAUAACUUUUUUUUAAGGCAGCCCGAAAUUCCGCUUCGUGUUUACCAAGAAUUUGUGUGUACACAUUUGUCAUAUGCUGAAGGCAAUUAUCAUUUGAAUUUCCAAUGCGGUUUUUCUAAAGAGUUAUAUAGAUGUCGAGCCGUCUUUGGGCUUGAACAGCAGGCUGCAAAAUGUUUCUUUUAG